AGAUGUCCAUCAUGGUUCUACUGAGUUCUGUGGUGUUCUUCAGUUCUCUGGCUGCUGUGGUCUUUGCGGUUCCCGCUCAGGAAAAGCGGGUCCACCAUCAAGCCGACCUGUCGAACCACGCCCAUGACGACACUCACGGCUACCAGUACGACCACGAGGCCUUCCUGGGCAAGGAGGAGGCCAAGACCUUCGACCAGCUGACCCCUGAGGAGAGCAAAGACCGGCUGGCGAAGAUUGUGGAUCGCAUUGACGUGGACAAGGAUGGCUACAUCAACCACGCCGAGCUGCACCACUGGAUCAAACACAGACAGAGGAGAUACAUCCAGGACAACGUCAACAAGCACUGGAAGGACUACGACAAGAACCAGGACGACAAGAUCAGCUGGGAGGAAUACAAGAACACCACCUACGGAUUCUACCUGGGGGAGGAGUUUGAUGACGUGGAAGACAAGAACACGUAUAAGUCCAUGCUCACCCGAGAUGAAAGACGCUUCAAGGCAGCGGACCGAGACAGCGAUGGGAUCGCCACGCGGGAGGAGUUUACUGCUUUCCUUCAUCCUGAGGAGUUUGAUCACAUGAGGGACGUGGUGGUGCAGGACAGCUUCCUAGAUGCUGCUGAAGUGGCUCAAUGGGUUUUACCAGGAGAAGUGGACCAUGCAGACAAUGAGGCCAAACACCUGAUCCAUGAGACAGACACUGAUAAGGACAACCGGCUGAGUGUGUCUGAAGUGCUGGAACAUCUGGACUACAUUCGGACCAGCACCAUCACAGACUACGGAGGCAUGAGGGUGGACGAGCACGACGAGCUGUGACAAGUUUCACAACCAGCCACAAUAAAAUAAAAUUAUAAAC